AUGGAUGAUCUCGACAAGGAAGAUCGUGGCAACACUUCAACUGAUCCAACUUCCAACUUUAUAACCGAUCAAGAAUUGGAGAAUGUGACACAGUCCAGCUCUUGUGUACAACCAUGCAAGAAGCAAACUGAGACUACUUGUCCCCAACACCAAACAAAUUUGGAAAGCCUUUCUUUGAAUCAAGUAUCAGCACCACUUAUAGCAGUAACAACAGUAGCUGCAACAGCUGCAGCAGCAAAAACAACAACUGCAACUGCUGCAACUGCAACUGCAACAACUGCAACUGCAACAACUGCAACUGCAACAACUGCAACAUCACUGGCCCAACCAGAUGCUAAAACUAAUCAAUUGCUCCCUACCACAUCAUUCACAUUCCGAAACCCCAUCAUCUCGGAAGCUGAACAGACUCUACUAAAUAAAUUUGAAACUGAAGUCAUGACCAAUAAAGACGUCCAAGCAUCACUUGAAAAAUUGAAAAUUGAAACCAAGGAUAAAUACUUGUACCAAAUUAGAAGAUACAUCAGAUUCUGUGCCAAUAAGGGACAAAGCAAUUUUUACGUCACGACCCAACUAGCUCAAGAAAUGAUUGCAAAUGAAGCUGUGAAAAAAAGGGGUGUUGUUGUUUCUCACAAUUUGACUGAAAAUACAAUUCGUAGUAUUCGAUCACCAUUGAAUAAAUUAUACUUUAUGAAUAAAAUUGUUUAUGGUGAUCAACAACAAAAUGAACUAUUAGGGGAACAAUUUAUACAGCACAUGAUUGGUUCAGUGACUCAAAAAGAGAAGCCUGGUAACGAUGAUGAGGAUAAGGAUCGUAGUGGGGUAGAGAACAAGGAUGACAGACAUAAAAAAGAGAAGAAUCAAGUGGUUGAAGAUGAGGCAGUGGAUUGUGAAUCCAAUUUAAAGGCACAAAUGGCUGACAAAGCAAAUAGAGAUUCUUCUUCAAUUUCAUCCAUUGUGUUAACACUAAACACAGACUCAGUAACCAGUGCGAGCUCAAAAUCUUUUGGUCUAAGUGGCAAUUCCAAACAUCGACUUUCAGAAAGUGAAGAAUCACUUUUGCGCAAAUUUGAUCAAGAGAUCCUCGCUAACCCAAAAACUCAAGAAAUAUUAUCAAAUCUCACUGGCAAUACAUUCAAAUCGUAUGCCACUGAUAUUAAGCGAUUUAUCAGGUAUUGUGCACGAAAGGGUAAAAAGGAUUUCUUGAUUGAUGAUGACAUACUAACGAGAUUCUUGUCUUUUCAAACCAGCAAGGGUACUGCGAAUAGCGGAAGCAGCAAUCGAAGAUACAGUUUGAGAAAUACGAGAACAAGCUUACUCAAGUUGCACCAGUUAAAUUGUUUGGCUUAUGACUUGGAAUUUUCUGAAGGGGAUAUUGUUCUUACACUAAACAAGUUUCUAGAUGCCACAGACAACGCCACAGAUACACUACAGCAGUUGCAGGUGAGUCAGCUGGAAGCCAUACACGAUUUGGGGUCUGAAGAUGAUCCAUUACUUGUCAAACUACAACAAUACUACAAAUCCUCAACUGUCCUUGAUGGUUUGUCUGAUCAAAGUAGAAAACUCUAUGCGAAUGAAUUUAACCGCUAUGCGUUGUUCUGUUCACAAAGAGGUUUGCAACAUUUUUAUUUAACUGGAGACCUAAUCAAGCAAUACUUUGUUAAAGAAGUCAUUGCUCAUACACCGACAAUAUCAGCCAAAAAAUUAAAAGAGAUUUUAAGUCGAUUAAACCGUUUGCAUAAUUUGAAUAUCGAAAUCGAUCCAGCAAACACUCCCAAACAAGUUGAAAAUAUUCAAGUGGUUAAAGACUUCUUGAAUGAUUAUACUUCGAAGUCACAUUCAGAUUCAUUAGCGCAGGGUAGUUCUAGCGGUGGUGGGAAUAGUGGUAGAGGUGGUCCUCUAGGAACAAAUACAAGUGCGAUUGGAGGCGACGGAAACGGUGCCAGUAGCUCGAGCACUAUUGGAAGUGGAAGUGGAAGUGGUAAUGGUAAUGGGGCUGACACUUUAUCUGGUGCAUCAACAUCAGGGUUGUCCGUUAGUUCAGGUUUACCUCAAUUGCAUUUUACAAACAAUCCAACUGCUGUACUCUCGGGUCUGCUGCUGCUGUUGUCAUCAGAACAACCAAGUGGUGGAGAACUAUCCAGUUUGUUGAAAAAACCAUCCUCACUGCAAACCCCCAAAUCAAGAUUGAAAUCUUCGUUUCAAUCAUAUAGUUCAAGAUCGGAAAUCAUCGAUACCACGCGUGGUGGUGGAAACUCCAGUGGUGAAGUUGGGGGCGAUGUAAAAGAAAACACUGGCAGUUACGGAAUCGGAAGGGAUCUAGUGGUUUCUUCUUCUCAGCAAAUGUUGCAAAUGGUUGAUGAAAAAUCACAAAUCGACAACGUGUAUGAAUCUAUUGCCAGUGAGGAGGAUGACAUCGACUAUAGCGAGUCCGAACCUAAACCCAUGACAUCUAUACUCAAAAGGGGUCUUAAUCGAGACUCACAAGAACCUAAAGAUACACAUGAUCUUCCUCGCUCUUCUCAAGUUUCUUCCUCCGCCUCAAAACGUCAAAAACUUGAAAUCUUACCCGAGACCAAUGACUCUGUCCCCAAAUUCGUUAUGAAUCAAGGCAUUGAAUCAAUAACUCAACUACUCGAAGAAUGGACAUUGAUUAUAAAACGUAAUGGAAAGUACGGAUUAGCUUGGAUCAAAACUGCAAAUGAUUUGCAACUUUACAAUAAUCGUAAAUUAAUCAUUUCUUUGAUGGAGGAAGUUAUACCAACAAUGAAUGAGAAUCAUAAGGGGAAAAAGCUAGAGGAGAUUUAUUUACUUGGUGGUGAUGCUGGUGAACUGGAUUUGUUUGAACUUGCAUUGGUUUUCGAUGAAUACCUUCAUCGCAAGAAUUUGACUAUUGAUGAUUUGAUCAAAAAGAUUGAAAAUUAUCCUAGUUAUGUGAAGCGUGAGUUCUUGAGGAUCUUGUCAAGGAGGAAGAGAACUGCUGCUUCCGCUGCAGCCGCUACUGGUGUUGGUGGUGUGACGUCAUUUGGUACUUACUCGUCUUCAUCCUCCCAGCCUAGUAGCAAUAUACCUCCACCUUGA